GUUGAGCAAUCAAUCAAUUGAUCUGAAACAAAAUCUGCUCCAUCACUUCUUCCAAGCUUCAAUCAAUUGAUCUCUCAUCAGAACUAUGUCGUUGAUUCCAAGUUUCUCCGGAAUCAACGCGGGAGCACCGCCUUGGACCUGUUUACAGCUAUGGAUUCUUGGGAUCCAUUUAGGGAUUUCCCUCUCAAUCUGCCCUCAUCGUCUCUAGUUCCCGGGGGAGAAUACGUCGGCAUGCUCCAGAUCAGUGGGAAGAGGCACGCUGAGAGGGAGGCGAGGAGUUGGCAUCAUGGCGGGGGGAGCUGGGUUCGAGGCGACGGCCAGGGAGCAGCGUCGCUGUACGGGAGAGGCGCCAAUCGACAGCGACGAAAGGAGGAGGAGAUUUGGGAGGAUGUCGAUCGACGACGACUACUUCUUGGCUGCUUUGCUCCAUCGCUCGACUCGGCGGAAGGGAAGGGCGAACUUGGAUUUAGGGUUACAAAAAAUGUCGUCGUUUUAUCACUAGCCAGUAGUCGGAUAGUCUGGUCUGACCCCGACUUUGACAGACUUUGAUCGAUUGUCGGCUAGCUCAGAAUAUGGCUGGCGCUGGUCCCUUUUGUGCC